AUGGCAGGACUCGUCUCCGUCCCGGACAAGGACAUCCACUUCAUCGAAGCCAAGGCCGGUGAUACUUUCAAACUGGGCCCCAUCACCUGUCGUGUAAUGGAAGAUGGCUCCAACACCGGUACGCUGCAUUCCCCUUCAUCUCACGGCCCUUGACGGAUUCCCACAUGGCACCGCUCGAGCACUCUCCCUUUUCCUAUAGCCGCGAUAGCCUGCCUAUGCACGGGCUUGCUCGCACAACAUCCGCCUCGCCACAUGGCAGUGCUCGAGCAGCUUCACCGUGUCCGACGCGGUGUUUUCUCAAUAGCCGCCAUCUGCGGCCAUCACGUCUCCCAGCAUGCUCAACAUGACACCAGACGGAUGCAUACCUACCAUCACCAUCAUCAGUCACCUCAGACAGCUCAUCAUUCCCCCUUCCAUCCAUCCAAAACCACUGCACUGCAUAUUUCCCACAUCCACCCCAAGACUAAAAACUAACAGUCCCGCGACACCCGCAGACAAUCGCCUCGGCGUAGCAGAACUAAUCAUGCCCCCCAAAACCCCGGGCCCCCCACCCCACUGGCACGAAAUGCACGACGAAACAUUCUACAUCACCCAGGGAACCGUCCGCUUCCACGUCCCCGAAACGACCUCCAACACCCCGGGCAAGGACAAGAAGAUCGUGGACGCAAAGACGGGCGAUUACAUGGUCGUCCCCAUCCGCGCUCCACACACCUUCAGCAACCCGUCCGACGAGGAAGCCCGGAUCCUCUUCACCUCGACUCCGAGUUUCUAUAUCAAUUACUUCAAGCUCCUGAGUCAGCUGGCGAAGCCGGAUCAGCCCGUUCCCGCCGAGGUGAAUGUGCAGGCCAUGGCGAUGUUUGCUACCAUUUUGGCGGAUAAGAUGCCGAGGAAGCCCGAGUAA